GUUGAAAAAAAAUGUCUUUAAAAUAAUUUCAAUAAGAGGGUAUCAAGGCUCGAUAAGAAAUUUGCGAGUUGUGUAGAACCCUUUUUAAUAUAUAUAGUAUGUAAAACUAAAGUGUGUCAGUGGCCAUAGCAUUUAUAAUCUAAUUAAAAGCCUAGUUGAGUCUCUAAGCUAUUUUUGAUUCGGUUUGAAACCUUUUUAAAGCGAAUUGAUUUGAAUAUAUGUGCAGAAAUGAAGUCAUUGGCGUUAUUUUUGGUUCUUGUUUCCUUAGUUGGGUUGGUCAUGUCAUGGGAAUGGCCAUGGGAGUCAUCUCCAAAAAAACCACCCAUUGUGUUUCCAAUUCCAUCGCCGAAUCCUCGCGAUAAGUGGUGCCGUCUUCAACUGGGACCUGCUUGGGGCGGAAGGUGCUAAAAUAAUUUUCAUAAUUUUUUUUUGAAAUAAAAAUAUAUUUAAGGUAAUGGAGAUGCAGGUUGAAGUAAAAUGAUCUGA